AUGUUCAAACUCAAACUUCAGAGAUUGUUUACUGUUAAUCCAUCUAUUGAAGGUCCAAAGUUUUGCUCUGUUGCUUCUGCCUUACAAUUUCUAGAUGAUGGUGGCCAAACAAACCAUCAAAUUCAUGAGCAUAACACCUCAAUUCUCAGUACCCAAAUUCAAGAAACACCAUCUAUGGACCCGAAAUUCUACGUAUCCGCCCUAAUGAACUGUAAACAUUUACAACAGAUUAAAUCCAUUCACGCCCAAUUGUCUGUUAAUGGCCUACUCAGUGACCUUCUUUUAAUUAACAAACUUUUGUAUAUGUACGUACGCUACAAUGCUCUGGACGAUGCCUAUAGUCUGUUUGAUAAAAUGCCUGAAAGAAACCCGGCUUCUUGGAGUGUUAUGAUCGGAGGAUUCGCUAAGGCUGGUAAUUAUACCAAUUGCUUUGAGACGUUUAGGGAGUAUAUCAAGUCUGGGGAACAUCUUGAUGUUUACACCCUGCCUUCUGUAAUAAGAGUUUGUCGGGAUAGAAAAGAUCUCAAAAUGGGUAGAUUGGUUCAUCACAUCGCGCAUAAGUUCGGAUUGCAUAAGAACACUUUCGUUUGUGUAGCACUUGUUGACAUGUACGCAAAAUGUGGGAUCAUAGACGACGCUCAGAAGUUGUUCGAUAUAAUGCCACAGAGAGACCUUACAACAUGGACUGUCAUGAUCGGUGCGUGUGCUGCUAGCGGAAACGCCAACGAGUCUUUGGUUUUAUUUGAUCAGAUGCGAGAAUCCGGCUUAGUGCCAGAUAAGGUCUCCAUGGUGACAAUCGUCAAUGCUUGUGCAAAAUUAGGCGCCAUGCAUAAAGCUAAACUCAUCCAUGACCUUAUACGAACACAAUACCGGUCACCUGACGUGAUUCUAGGAACCGCAAUGAUAGACAUGUAUGCAAAAUGUGGAAGCAUAGAUACUGCACGCCAGGUGUUCGAUGAAAUGCCACAAAGAAACGUUAUAACAUGGAGCACAAUGAUUUCAGCUUAUGGGUAUCACGGGCAAGGUCAAAAAGCACUCGAAUUGUUCCCCAUCAUGUGCAAAAACAAAAUCACACCAAACAAAAUCACCUUUCUUUCACUUCUAUAUGCUUGUAGUCACUCCGGUUUAGUCAAAGAUGGUCUUCAAAUCUUCUCACAGAUGCAAGAAGAAUACUUCAUAAAACCAGACGUGAAGCACUACACAUGCAUGGUUGACCUUUUAGGCCGUGCAGGAAGACUUAAUGAAGCAUUCACCAUGAUCAAGAACAUGAAAGUUGAAAAAGAUGAAGGUUUAUGGUCUGCAUUUCUUGCAGCUUGUCGUGUUUAUAAUCAAGUUGAAAUGGCACAAAAAGCAGCCGAAUCACUUCUUGAAAUCAAUCCCCACAAUCCAAGCCAUUACAUCAUGCUUUCAAACAUAUACGCAAAAGCAUUCAAAUGGGAUGACGUGGCAAAAAUCCGUGUUCAAAUGAAUGGAAAAAACGUAAAAAAGACACCCGGUUUGACAUGGGUCGAGGCACAUAACACGUUUUAUAAAUUUAGUAGUGGUGAUCGUACUCAUUGUGAAUCAAACGCUAUAUAUGAGAAACUUGAGGGGUUGAUUGGGAAAUUAGAAGUUAAUGGGUAUGUUCCGGAUACGGAUUUUGUGUUGCAUGAUGUUAGUGAGGAGGUUAAAUUGGGAAAUUUGUUUGCACAUAGUGAGAAACUUGCGAUUGCAUACGGGCUUAUGAGUGUACCCGAGGGAAAUCCGAUUCGUGUCACGAAAAAUCUUAGGGUUUGUGGUGAUUGUCACACGUUUAUUAAGGUUGUAUCGCGUGUUGAAGGGAGGGAGAUAAUUGUCCGUGAUGCAAAGCGGUUUCAUCAUGUUAGGGAAGGUGUUUGUUCGUGUGGUGACUAUUGGUAA